UAUUCUUUACUUCAUUUUAUAGACGUUGGUCAUGAAGCCAAUGUUGACAUUGAGAAGUUUACCUGAUGCUGUUCCACGUGGUCAUUUCAAAGCUGUCAAACUGACAUCAAGUGAAGAACCUACAUUUAUAUCAUUUGACUUGGAAACAGCUGAUCUGAUUCGUGGGAGACUGAUGCCCCAUCCUACACAGAUAGCAGCGGUUGACCUUCAAUCUGGCAGAGAAUUCAACACCUAUGUUCUUCCUAAGGCGCCUCUUACUGCACAACAGAUAACAGGAAUUGUUGUGAAUGGUUCUGGCAGCAUGACUGUGAAUGGUACACAAGUUCAACCAGCGACCAUUCAUUCUGCAAUCAUCAAGUUCUGCGAGUGGUUAGAACAGUUUCACCCUGUUUUUCUUGUUGCACACAACGGAAACUUUGGAGAGGGAACUUUCAUUCUUGAUACAGAUGCAGCAGUUCUGUCUCAGGAUCAGCAUGGGGAGGAACAAGUUGUGUCAAUGUGCAAGCAAAAGGUUGGAGCCAGCUCAAAUGUGGUACCGUGUAACGAGAUAUGAGCUCCUAGCCAUUGUAACAUUUAUUGAACAGUUUAAACAAUAUUUACUUGACAGACAAUUCAUCAUUAUAAAAGAUCAUGGAUCACUGAAAUGGCUGCUUUACUUCAAGUCACCACCAGGACAACAGGCCCGAUUUACACCUUAGCCAAUUCAAUGCAAUCUAACAACAUCAAACGACAUCAAUUUUGCUAUUACUGUACAAAAUCUCAUCAAUCAUUGAUCUCGGUAACAUUAAUACCUGUCAAAUA